AUGGGGGUGCUUUCACAGGCGACCUGCAAGCUCACCUCGUCUGACGCAAGCUGGCCUAACACAGCGGAUUGGCAGGCCCUUAAUGACACCCUGGACGGUUCACUGAUCGCAACGCGCCCGGCGGCCUCAUCCUGCUACGACGGCAAUCCCUUCAAUUCCUCGUUUUCCUGCAACCUGGUUGAGGCCAACUGGACGCAGUCAGCCUUCCAUGCAUCCCUUCCGGAGUCGGUUGACUACCCCAUUUUUGCCAACAACUCUUGCCUGCCUCCAGGUGCAAGCGGCUAUAACGAAACCCUCUUAGGCUGUCAUAUCGGUGGACUACCCAUCUUUGUUGUCAACACCACCAGCGCGGAACAUAUCGCCACCGCCCUGGCAUGGGCUUCCGCCCGUCAUAUUCGCAUUGUCGUUAAAGGCACAGGCCACGACUUGAAUGGCAGAUCUGCUGGCGCUUAUGCACUCUCCAUCUGGACACACAGCCUCAAAUCGAUCAAGUAUGAGCGCCAGUGGCAACUUCCAGCCGGCGGAAUGGACGAUGUCUUCAUAGUUGGCAGUGGCGUCAACUGGGGCGAGGUUACUGCGGCAGCCGCCGCUGAGGGACGCGUUUGUAUUAGCGGCCAGGACUCAACUGUAGGGCUAGGCGGGUUCAUCCAGGCCGGUGGUCACGGCCCACUUUCCAGCCAUUACGGGCUGUCCGCCGACAACAUCUAUCAGGCUACCGUUGUCACCACAUCUGGCGAGAUCUUGGUUGCGAAUGAUGCUCAAAACCAGGAUCUCAUAUGGGCCAUCCGCGGCGGCGGCCCUGGACUCUAUGGUGUCGUUACCGAGUAUGUCCUUAGAUCUCAUCCCAUCCCGGAGACUGUGGUUGCUGCUACCUUGAGCAUGCAUCUGUCGACCAACAGCACGUCCUACAACGCGACUUGGGCUGGCCUUGCGGCUUUCAUGAAGGGUUUGCCUGACUCCAUGGAUGCCGGCUUGACUGGUAACGGCAAUGCCAUCUCGUCAACAACGGGGGUUACCCUUACGAUGAGCUAUUUUGGGUACAACAUGACAGCUGAGAAUAUCACUUCCCUUUUGGAGCCUGUCAGUGCUGCUAUCUCGGCCCAGAGCGCGACAGGUGACUUGAACGUCACGAUUACCGAGCCAGUCUUAUACCCCAGUUACAUGGAUUUCUUCAACUACCUGCAAGCGGCCGGCAGCGGUGCCGGUGCCGCCAGUCUGGUUUCCAGCCGUGUGCUAGGCCGUGCUGAUCUGUCCGAUUUGUCUAUUUGUCGCUUGCAAUACCAUCUGCAGCGAGUUAUGCGAGCUGAGACCGCAGGCAGUGGUUCGAGACUCGUCAUCGGCCUCCAAGGCGGCCUCGGGCCGGCCGGGGUGGAGACCAGCAUGCGCGGUGCUCUAAACCCUGCCUGGCGGACCGGCUACGUGCACAGCAUCGUGACUGGGUCUAACCUUGAUUUGACAAUUCCUCCACAGGAUGCGUUAUCUGCAGCUGCAACCUGGACGGAAGAAGUUAAGGAGGCCGCUUGGCGGGAAUGGGCACCUACCGCUGGAGCAUACAUCAACGAGGCAAACCCUUAUACUUCGUCUUGGAAACAAGACUUCUACGGCGAGAACUACGAUCGUCUGCUGGAAUUGAAGAUGAAGUAUGACCCUACUGGCAGCCUUUAUGUUCUCUCCGGUGUCAACAGCGACGCUUGGGAUUAUAACCUUACAACGGGAAAGUUGUGCCGGGUAGCUUAG